UCUCUUCCUCUUCUUCUUUAACCUUGAAUCAGACUUUUGUUUAUUGUUUCCAAGUUCAUUGUUUUCAUUUUAUCUCAGCUGAUUCGGCUAUUUAAUUGAAGAAACCGAGAACAAAAGAAAAAAAAUGAUGGAGCGACUUAUUUCCGUUUGUUUAUGGUUGAUUUUGGUUUCCAGAGUUGCAGGCAACGCUGAAGGCGAUGCGCUGUAUGCAUUGAAGACCAAAUUGGCUGACCCUAAUAACGUGUUUCAAAAUUGGGAUCCAACCCAUCCCAAUCCUUGCGUAUGGUUCAACAUUACAUGUAAUGCUGAAAACAGUGUGGCGAGAGUUGAUCUUGGGGACGCAAAUCUAUCUGGCCAAUUGGUUCCAGAACUCGGGCAGCUUGCGAACUUGCAGUAUCUGGAGCUUUAUAGUAAUAACAUAUCUGGGACAAUCCCGGAGGAACUUGGAAACUUGACGAGCUUGGUGAGCUUGGAUCUUUUCUCGAAUGCUUUAACCGGACCUAUUCCAGCAGCUCUGGGCAAGCUCCGAAAGCUUCGUUUCUUGCGUCUCAACAACAACUCGUUGACAGGUCAAAUUCCUAUGUCCUUAACCACUAUUGUUUCACUGCAAGUGCUAAAUCUUUCAAAUAAUCGGCUAGAAGGAGAUAUUCCGGUUAAUGGAUCCUUUUCAGUAUUCAAUCCUACCAGUUUUAGGAAUAAUGGACUCAAUAAUCCUCCUGUUGCUCCGCAGUCUCCUGCUAUCCCCUCUACAGCUUCAACUUUAUCAGGCAGUAUUGCCAUUGUUGCUGGAGUUGCCCUACUGUUUUCUGCGCCUACAAUUAUAUUUGCUUGAAUCCUUUAAUGUACUUGGUUAGUAUUUUUUUUACGGUGUUGUCAAGGUCGU